GCCGGGCGAUCCGGGGCGCCGCGGUCGGGCUGGGGGCAGUCGGAGCUUCGGGAGCCGGGCGAGAGGAGCAGGAUGGCGGCGGCAGCGGGCGAGGCGCGCCGGGUGCUGGUGUACGGCGGCAGGGGCGCGCUGGGCUCGCGAUGCGUGCAGGCGUUCCGGGCCCGCAACUGGUGGGUUGCCAGCAUCGAUGUGGUGGAGAAUGAAGAGGCCAGCGCUAGUGUUGUAGUUAAAAUGACAGACUCGUUUACGGAGCAGGCUGACCAGGUGACUGCUGAGGUCGGAAAGCUCUUAGGUGAAGAGAAGGUGGACGCCAUCCUCUGUGUGGCUGGAGGCUGGGCUGGGGGCAAUGCCAAAUCCAAGUCUCUCUUUAAAAACUGUGACCUGAUGUGGAAGCAAAGCAUGUGGACGUCGACCAUCUCCAGCCACCUGGCCACCAAGCACCUCAAGGAAGGAGGCCUCCUGACCUUGGCUGGUGCCAAGGCCGCUCUUGACGGGACUCCUGGGAUGAUCGGCUACGGCAUGGCCAAGGGCGCCGUUCAUCAGCUCUGCCAGAGCCUCGCCGGGAAGAACAGUGGCAUGCCUUCCAGCUCCGCCGCCAUCGCCGUGCUCCCGGUGACCCUGGAUACCCCGAUGAACAGAAAAUUCAUGCCCGAGGCCGACUUCAGUUCCUGGACGCCCUUGGAGUUCCUGGUCGAAACCUUCCACGACUGGAUCACAGGGAAAAACCGACCGAGCUCAGGGAGCCUGAUCCAGGUGGUAACCACAGAGGGAAAGACGGAGCUUACCCCAGCAUAUUUUUAAGCUUCAUCUCAGUGCCUGUUCGGGACCUGCCAGACAAGUUGUCUAUCUCAGUGUGGCUGUGUCUGGCCCUGUUUUUUCUGUAAUCCUGUUUGUGGUACGAGAUAGUGAGUCCUGUUUUUCCUCUCUCCUAAUGUGCAUUUGUUCUCCUCAGACGGUGUAAAAUGUUGAUGGGAAAUAAAGAUGUAUGAGGGCAGAGGCCUGCAGAUGGCACCAUCAGCCUAUGUUCGCUACGAAAGUUUAGGAGGAGGUAUCCAAUGGGCGCCUCUUGUGUCUGUGUCGUCUCGAACUGCAUUUGAGACUCGGAUUCUCUGUCCUGGACAGUGGCUGUUGACCUGACUAGUUCAGAGAUUUGUUGAUAUUGGGGAUGUUUGGGGGGCCCGAGUUACCAUUGAAUGUGAUGUUUAUGUCGCGGACAUCAUUUUUGCAGCCUUGAAUUGAACUGCCUUAAAACUCCUUUUGUGAUGUAAGUGAAAUCCCGUGGACUCUGUUAAGAUACCUUUUUCCUGUGCAGUUGCCAAAAGUGCAGCAGAACUACUUGUGGUCGUUUGGAGUUUAUCUUCCCAAUAAAUGCACGUCAUUCA